AUGUCCGAAAGAAUCAACCAGAUCGCCCGCCAACUCAACUACCCCAAGGGGCUGCUGGCAGGCCAGGUCGCCAUCAUCACCGGGUCCGGCCAGGGCAUCGGGGCCGAGUGCGCGAGACUGUUUGCGAACGAGGGGGCAAAGGUGGUAGUAUCGGACAUUGACGCCGCCAAAGCCGAGGACGUAGCGUCCAAGAUCAGAGCCAAUGGCGGCGAGGCGCUCGCUGUGGCGGGAGACCUGCUCAAGGACGAGUGCAUCACCGACCUCGUCAAGAAGGCAGCCGAGUUUGGCAACGCCAAGAUCCACAUCCUCGUCAACAACGCGGGCUUCACCUGGGAUGCCGUCAUCCACAAGAUGACCGACAAGCAAUGGGACACCAUGCUAGCGAUGCACGGCACGGUGCCCUUCAAGCUCGUGCGCGAGGCGGCGCCCUACUUCCGGGUGCGGGACGGCGAGCCGCGCAACAUUGUCAACAUCUCGUCCACCUCGGGCCUGCACGGCAACGCAGGCCAGCUGAACUAUGCCAUGGCAAAAGCGGGCGUCGUCGGUUUGUCCAAGACGAUAGCCAAGGAAUGGGGCCCCGCGUUCGGCGUGCGCGCCAACACGGUCGCUUUCGGCCAUAUCGAGACGCGGUUGACGGCUGACAAGGAGGCGGGCGCGUUUGUGGAGGUGGGCGGGCAGAAGGUGGCGCUGGGUAUUCCUGGGAAGCAGAAGGCGGCGGGUGCGGCGGCGGGGGCGGUGCCGCACGCGGAUAUUCCGUUGCGCAGGCCGGGCACGGCGACGGAGGCCGCGAGUGCUGUGCUGGCGAUUGCGUCACCGCUGAGUUCGUAUAUCAGCGGGCAGACCAUCAGCGUGACGGGCGGGAGGAACAUGUAG